AACCUCGGGCAGUGGUGCUGCCAAAAAAUUCUGUGAAAUUUCACGAAAAUUAAAAUAAAACAAUGGCUAUCAAAGGCGAUUUGCGGCAAUUAUUGAAGCCGUACUACUGGGUCAACAUUUUGCUUAGUGUUUCUUACGUUACGUGCAAGCGGACAUCUAUAAUUUGCAACUUCUUGUUCCCCGAUGCAGACUGUGAAUUGGACAGCCGAGAGACGGAAAUUCUAUUUUUCUUAAUUAUAGUGGUCAUGCUGAGGACUCGGAAGGCCGGGAGCGUCACAAUGGUCAAUUACCUCUCGUCCUCAUUUGUUUAUACAAAGAUCGCGAAUUUAAUUUUGUGGUUAUAUGCUGAUAUACGAUAUGGUCUCCCGUACGGCGCUCUCAUCAUCCUUACCUCACUCCUACUGCCCGAACCAACGUACAUGGGUCCUGAACACAUUAUCUACUUCCGCGGCACGCAGAGUUUAGAUGAAGAGCUGAAGAGAAACAAGGGAACGACGUGGGUGGUCUGCCUGUACGCUGCGUGGCACCCGGCCUGCGUUAACUUCGCUCCGGUGUUCGCUGAGCUGUCGGCUAGCUAUAGUUUGGACAACUUCAAGUUUGGGAAGGUGGAUAUUGGCAGAUAUCCAGACGCAGCAGCGAAAUACAGAGUCCAAGACGGUCCCACCAGCCGUCAGCUGCCAACGGUGUUACUAUUUGUUGACGGAGUGGAAACCAUGAGGAGGCCCCAGGCCGACUCUUCUGGGAAACUACAGAAGUUCCUAUUCUCGAAAGACAACACAAAAGCAGCUUUCGACCUGGACGGCAUCUACGAAGAAUGCAAAAAGAAGUUGGCCGCUGCUAAAACUAACAAAAAGGACGAGUAGACCGAGAAGACUGCGAAAGACCGCCAGUAGACCAGCUAAAAAUGGUCUCUAACACACCGUUUUAGGGUCUCCUAACUCAUUUUUUUACUAAAAGACCAGUAGACCAAAGAUAUUGCCAGAAGACCAGCUAAAAAUGGUCUUUAACACACCGCUUUAGGGUCUACGAAUUCAAUUUUUUACUAAAAGCCCAGUAGACUACCGGCCAGAAAUGGUCUCAAACACACUGUUUUAGGGUCUACUAAUCAAAAUUUUUACUAAAAGACCAGUAGACCAAAGAGACCGUCAGUAGACUAACUAAUUUGCCUAAAAAGUACACAGCUGUUAGCAUUCUAUACUAUGUAUUAUUUUCACGUUUUUACUAACAGAUCGGAGAGAAGACCAAAAGACCACUUUCUCUCUGAAUUAGUCUCUUCACAGAAUAGCUUCUUUUUAAGACGUGUCAGUAAAAUUUAUCUUUAAGUUAUCACAAAAAAUGCAUUUUAUUUAAGCUUUUAAUUGCAUGAAAAUCAAAUUAUGUAACCAAAACGAGAUCUGAUAUUAAAAUUUGUUUUGUAUUGUUUUUUAAUAUUAAUAAAUUGUAAUGAGGGCUAUCAUUUUUAUACUACAAUUGGUAUAUUCCGGUCGCCGAGCACGUAGAAUUUAGUCCAAUGACCCCAAGCUACCUAUCCUUAUCGCUCGCGUGUAAUUAUAUUGCUGUCGCGACUGUGCGUCGGGCGGCAGCAGUGAGUGUGCGAGCGCGACAGCAAUAUAAUUACGCGCGAGCGAUAAGGAUGGGUAGCUUGGGGUCAUUGGACGUUAUUAAUUCAACGUGCUCGGUGACCGGACUAUCUAUGUAUAGGGGGGCUGGUGAGUGCAAUUAUUGUGAUAGUCCAAUCGCUAUAGCGCUUACCAGUCGGCGCUACUGUCUUCGCCACUAGCAAGUGACAAUGACCUUACUCUACAGUGAGCGCUAAAACGAUAGCCCCUCAAUGCUUAUUCAAGUAUUUGUAAGAUGCUUAUUCAAGUAUUUGUAAGAGAGAAUGUUUUUUUAACGGAAUGUGUUCAAAAUCGCGUAUUUAUUUGUAGAUUUGUAAAUAAAUGACUGUUUUAGUUGA